UGUUUGAAAUUUCAGCGGCAGAUCGUUAGCGUUUGUUGUGCUCACCUGCAGCUGUCCUGCAGCCUUUGCGAAAGCUGAACAAAACUUUGUAAAGUUUAGAACAAAAAUGUCCUUUUCGAGAGCUCCUUUGAAGAGGUUCAAUGAACACGUAGGUUGUGCUCCUCCACCGGGGACUUAUGACGUCCAAAAAGACGAGCUGAAGGGAGCCGCAUCCUUUAAUAAAUCGGAUCGAUUCAAGCCCGUGAAGGCGGCUGCCGAGGCUGCUCUGCUGCCGUCCUCUCCUUCCGGUAAUGUAUUUGUGUCUCCAGUUCGGAGGACUUUAUCAGCGGACGGUCUUAACGAUUGCUCAAGUGCAAAGAGGGAGCGGAGUGGCAUGACCCUGGAGAGGAAGCAGCAGAAACUCCUGGAGAGAGAGAUCCGCUCCCUGGUGCAGCAGAGGGGGGAGCAGGACCGACGCCUUCAGGUCCUGGAGGAGGAGCUGAAGAAGGUGGAGGCCAGGCUGCUCACUGCAGUCCGGGAGAAGACCGGCCUCAACGCCAGCGUGAUCACACUGGAGAGGCAACGGGCGGAGCUGAAGAAAGUCAACGAGUUUUUGAAAGCCAAGGUUUCUGCUGACACCACAAAAAAGAGGAUCAAUUCUCUCACAAUGGAGCUGAUGGAAGCUAGGAACAACCUGGAUGCUAAAAACCAGGAGUUAAGUCUCCUUCAGAUCAACACUGAAAGCCAGCUAAAGGCGUUAGAGUCGGAUCUGGAGACUGCCAGGGCUACUGCUUCUGCUCUGAGUGACAAGAAUAAAGAUCUGGAGGAUCUGCAUCAUGUGGCCAAAGCUCAAGGCGAGGAUCUGGAGAAUGAAAACGCUCGGUUAAAUGUUGUAAUGCAAGAGCUGAGAGAGGACAUCCGAGUGCUUCAGGGAUACCUGGAUGAGGCGAAUGACCAGAUUCAGGAUCUCCGUUUAAAGAUCAAAGAGAUGACGCAGGAGAGCGCCGUGGCUGAUGCUCGCAUACAGGAACUAAAGCAACUCGAGCCGCAGCUCCAGCAGAAAACGUCAGAGCUAGAAACCACGCAGGUUUUGCUGAGACAAAAGGAGGAGGAGGCCUUCAAAUUCCAGCGAGAGCUGCAGGCAUCCACAGAAGCUUUGUGGGGAGCGGAGCAGAGAUUACAAUACCAAGAGCUGGAGCUGAAGUCCGCGCAGAAGUCUAUGAUGGACAUGGAGAAGCAAAUGAAGCUCGCCGGUCAAGGAGUUCAGGAUUCUCAGGCGACUGUCAGCAAGCAGGAGGCCGAGCUGGCCAGACUGAGGGAGGUGCUUCGGAGGACAGAGAGAGAGCUGGAUGAGAGGGUGGCUCACCUGGAACAGAGGUGUCUGUUCUCAGAAGAGGAGAGAAGCAGGAGUCAGGAGGAGGGGCUCAGGAGAGUGGAAGAGUUAAAGAUGGAGCUGAACCUGCUGCAGCAGGCUGAGAGAGAAGAGCAGAAGAGACGAAUUCAGCUGGAGCAAAAACAGGAGGCGCUUACCGAGGAGCUGACCAAAGAGAAGGCUUUGGUGGACUCUCUGACCGUGUUGGUGGAGCAGGAGAGGGAGGAGUACGAGCUGCGCAUCAGACAGCUGAAGGAGGAGAUGGAGGAGGUGCUGGGAGAGCUCGCCGUCGUGGAGGAGCAGGAGCAGAGGAGACUGGAGGUUAUUGAGAGCGUGCAGCAGGAGAAAGAGGAGCUGGAGCGACAGCUAGCAGCUCUGCUGGAGGGUAGGAGCAGCGAUGUGGCCGUCAUGAACGAGCUGCAUUUGGCUACGCUGAGGGAAUUCCAGGAGGCGCAUUUCACCUCCCAGAAGAAGAUGGAAGAUGUUGUCACAGAGCUGGAGAGCACCAAGGAGGCUCUAAAGGGAGCAAAGGAAAAGCGAAGAGACCUGGAAGCGGAGCUGGAGAGCGUGACCCGGCAGCUGAAGGAGGCGAUGGACAAAAUGGUUGAGCAGAAAGAGGAGGAGGUCAAAAGAUUGAGGGAGUGGACAGAGGAGCGGCAGGAGAGGCUGAUGAUGGAGGAGAAAACCAGGGAGGAGAAUACCAGAGCGACGCUUGACGCUCAGGCUCGACUCGCUCUGAAAGACGAGGAGAUGAAGGCUGCAGAGGCGAGCCACGCGGCUCAAAUGGCCCAGCUCCAGGAGGAGCUGCAGGUGCAGACAAAGGAGAAGGAGGAGGUGCUGGGGCGUCUGGAGGAACAGAAGAGUCAGAGUUUUAUUCAACUGCAGCACGAGAGAGAGAAAUCCCAACGAGUCUUCGAGGAGAUCAGUCGGCAAAAAGAGGAAGUGACGAAGCAGCUCCAGCAAGAACGAGAGGAGAAAGUACAGGUUCACACGGCUCUUCGGGAGGAAGGGAAGGCGCUGGAAGCCGAGAGGAUCAAGCACGAGCAGGUCAGGUCAGAGGUGCACGGACUACAGGCUGAGCUCCACAAGUUAAAUGAGGAAUGGAGGAGUUUGCUGUCGGAGGUGGAACUUAAGAAAGAGUUCAGCCAUGUACCGGAAAAUCAGCUAAGCGCCGCUGAGCAUCACCAACCCCAGCUGCAGGCUCGCCUGGACCACGCGGAACAAGAAAAGGCUAGCCUCCAGGCCCAAUUAGACCGUCUGCAGGAGAAGAUCCAGGAUGUGGAGCAUGAGCUGGAAAACCACCGACAGGACAGACGAGCCCUGAGGGAGCAAGUGGAGGUACUGACUCAGGAAAAGGUUACCCUGCAGUGGGAAAUGCAGGAGCAGCGACAGGAACUCCAAAGACAGCUAACACGUGUGCAGGAGGAAAGCUCCUCUGGCUCCGAGCUGGAGCACUGGAAGAAACGGUACGAGGAUCUGCUUUCUAAAGUCAGACCCUUUCAGGAGCAACUUAAUGCGUUUGCAGCAGAGCGGAAUGCUCUGCUCAAUGAAAAUGGGACAAACCAGGAAGAAUUAAACAAAUUAGCUAAUGCGUACGCUAGCCUCCUGGGGCAUCACAACCAGAAGCAGAAGAUCAAACACGUGGUGAAGCUCAAGGAUGAGAACGUCUCUCUAAAACAGGAGGUGUCAAAGCUCCGUUCUCUGGUGAUCCGCCAGAAAAGUGAUCUGGAGCAGCUGAAGGCAAAGCUCCCAGGCGCUCCUCGUCGCAGGUUCGAUCCCAGCAAAGCGUUCGUGCACGACAAGGAGAACAGGCAACAGGAAACGGCCGCGCCUCUCUGAGACGGAUGCUGUCAUGAGUAGUGGCACUUUUCUGCAUGGCACCAUCAGAAGGCUGGGAAAGCAGAUUUUUUAUUUAAUCUUUUUAAGUUUUCUGCAUGUUUAAUCAAACUUGGGUUUUAAUUAGCUGUGUGAGAGCAUCUUGUGAUGGUGAUAUGUGAAGGACCGUAAGAACGUGGUCGACGGUCAGAUCAUUACCCUUUAGCAAACCUUACCUAUCUUACAGCUUGUGUAAUCCGCAGACGUUUAGACGGAUGCUCAUUUUUAAUCUGGGAUUCCUGUAAAGUGUUCCUGUUUUGUAAAUAAAGACAGAUUUUAAUAUC